AUGAAAUUCACUAUUGUGACCACCGUCCUUCUUGGACUCUUGCUGACUCCAGCCCUUGCUGAUUACUUUCAGAGUACAGACGUAAGCAAGCAAAUCACCAUUGCUGGAGGCUACCAAAUUCUGACCAUCAAUUCGGAAUGGCGCGUGGCAACUAUCGAGCAAAAGAGCACCCAUGGGUCAUGGAAAACCAUUUGGAACUACGAUACGGGCGUUAUUGCAAGCAAAGUGAUGGCAGACAGAGCAUGCUUCAUUUCCGUAAUGAACAGAAACGAGAUGCCUCACUUUGAUGCGCUUCCCAGACUGGCUGAAGAGAGCAGGAACCUGAAAGGUCAAGGACAACCUGUAAAGGAGAUCACAUUCAUCAUCCAGAGACCUGUCCGUGACCUCAGGUCUUACGGAUCAAGCAUCUUCACUAUGUGCAGAGGAGUCACAACCUACCUGGCUUAUGAAGUUCGCGGUCAGACAUUUGUGACCCAAAGGGAACCACCCCCAAAGACACCCAGAAAGCCUGAUACCCUGACAUAG